UCUCCAACCAAUCAUCUCGGACGUGGGGGCGGGACUUCCGGCGGCCGUCCCGGAAGAGGCGGGAGCGGCCCUGCACGAGUUACAGAUAACAGAAAGAGCUGUGUCUAUGAACCAAGGAGAUAAGAAAGUUCUUCUGAGUCUUUGUCCUGAUGAAACAGGAGGUCUUGCUUGGAAUUGGUCACUGCAUAUGCAACAUACUUGUGGGAAACUUCUUUAUUUGUAACAUACUUCUUGGAAAAAUUCUGCGUAUGUAACACAGCAGAAUUUAAGCACUAAAGGAAGAUGUCUUUUUUCCCCAAAAUCUCUUUUCAACAUGAAGUUGAAGAGUAUCUCAGCAAAGUGUUCAGAAAUAAGGAGCUUAUAACUGCUUUAGGUACAAAGGAGGCAGAGAGUAAAUAUCAAUCUCUGUUAAGUCAUCUAUCUCAUCCACCAGCUAUCACAACAGUUAGAGUUAACACUAACUUGGCCUCUGUGAAACACGUGAAAAAAUUGCUGCUUGAAGAGAUCCAGAAGCAAUUUAAAGGAACCUGUGUUCCAGUUCUUGAGCACCCACAACUCCGGGACAUCUUAUUAAUUCCCGCUAUUGGACCCAGGCAAGAUUUAAAAAAAUAUGAGUCUGAAGUCAUUGUUGGAGCACAGUGUGGGUAUGCAGUACUUCGAGGAGCGCACGUUUAUGUUCCUGGUAUCAUAUCUACUUCAAGAUUUGUGAAGGCUGGAGAUUUAGUCUCAGUCUAUUCGGAUAUUGAAGGGAAAUGUAAAAGAGGAGCCAAAGAAUUCGAAGGAGUCAAAGUUUUCCUUGGAAAUGGGAUUUCAGAACUGAGUCGUAGUGACAUUUUCAGUCCGCAUGGCCGAAUGACUGGGCUAGGCGUAAGAAUGACAGAGCCAGUCUAUCUUAGUCCUUCGUUUGACAGUGUGCUUCCUAGUCAUUUAUUUUUACAGAACUUACCUUCAGUUGUUGUCAGCCAUGUUUUAAACCCUCAACCAGGAGAAAGAAUUUUGGACAUGUGUGCUGCACCUGGAGGAAAAACAACCCAUCUUGCAACAUUAAUGUGUGAUCAAGGUGAAGUAAUUGCAAUGGACAAGAUAGCUAACAAGGUCAAAAAAAUUAAGCAGAACGCUGAAUUACUGCAGUUGAAUUGUAUAAAGGCAUUUUGCUAUGAUGGAACAAAAGCACUGUCAGUUGAGAAGAGAGAGGAUAAACAAGAAGGACCUCCAUUCUUACCAGAAUCAUUUGAUCGAAUUCUUCUUGAUGCUCCAUGCAGUGGGAUGGGGCAGAGACCAAACAUGGCUUAUUCCUCGACUUUAAAGGAAGUGACAUCUUACCAGCCACUGCAACGCAAGCUUUUCACUGUGGCAGUGAAAUUACUGAAGCCAGGAGGUGUCUUAGUAUAUAGUACAUGUACAAUUACACUUUCUGAAAAUGAGGAGCAAGUUGCAUGGGCUCUGGAAACUUUUCCAUGCCUCCAGCUUCAGCUACAGGAACCUCACAUUGGAGGAGAAGGCAUGAGGGGAGCUGGACUGGCACUCCAUCAGUUGAAGCUGCUGCAGAGAUUUGAUCCAUCUGCUGGGACUUUGCAAGGAACGGAUAUGGAAUCUUUGCAAGAUUGCAGGGAGGAAGAUUUGGUUUCACUGGCAAAUAAGGACUGUAUAGGAUUUUUUAUUGCAAAAUUUAUGAAGUUGAAGGGUAAAUAAGCAUCUAGCAGUACAACCUGGAAGAAUACCUCUGCGAGCCUAAGAGCAGUUCAGACGUGAAGUGCAUGUGGUGGUGCUGCGAGGCUGCCAAACC